AUGCACUGUAGGGGGAGGGCUUUUCUUCUUCCCUGGAUCCCUGCGCUCCUGGCGGGGUUCCUGGCGACCGGCUCGGAGUUCAGGCAUCACCGUUACGAGGACAUGGUGAGAGCUUUGUUCGCCGUGCACAACCAGUGCCCCUAUAUCACGCGCAUCUACAGCGUGGGCCGCAGCGUGGAGGCGCGCCACCUCUACGUGCUGGAGUUCAGCGAUAACCCGGGCAUCCACGAGGCGCUGGAACCUGAGUUCAAGUAUGUGGGUAACAUGCACGGUAACGAGGUGCUGGGCCGUGAGCUGCUCAUCAAGUUAUCACAGUUUCUGUGCGAGGAAUUCCAGGCCGGAAACCAACGGAUAAUGAGGCUGAUCUAUGACACACGCAUCCAUAUCAUGCCCUCAAUGAACCCUGAUGGGUAUGAGGUUGCUGCCAGACAGGGACCGGAGUUAAACGGCUACCUGGUUGGUCGAGGCAAUGCUCGGGAAAUUGACCUGAACCGCAACUUUCCGGACCUGAAUGCGCUCAUGUAUUACUAUGAAAAAACUAACGGACGGAACCACCAUCUUCCGCUGCCCGACAACUGGGAACAACAGGUGGAACCAGAGACUCGUGCAGUCAUAAAAUGGAUGCAAAACCACAACUUUGUUCUAUCCGCCAACCUCCACGGUGGAGCUGUGGUGGCUAACUACCCCUUCGACAAAUCGCGGGACGCCCGAAUUCGAGGGAGGACCACAUAUGCUGCUACCCCAGACGACAAAAUCUUCAGAAACUUGGCGAAAACUUACUCGUACGCACACAGCUGGAUGCACAACGGUUGGAAUUGUGGAGACUACUUUGACGAGGGCAUCACCAAUGGGGCCAGCUGGUACUCGCUGUCUAAAGGCAUGCAAGACUUCAAUUACUUAUACACCAAUUGUUUUGAGAUCACACUCGAACUAAGCUGUGACAAGUUUCCACCUGAGUCUUCACUUCCCCGAGAGUGGCUCGGAAAUCGAGAGGCGCUGGUAUCGUUCAUAGAACAGGUGCAUCAUGGGAUAAAAGGUAUGGUGUUGGAUGACAACAACAAUCCUAUCAAGAAUGCUGAGAUCUCAGUAUCAGGCAUCAACCAUGAUGUGACCAGUGGGGUUCAAGGCGACUAUUUCCGACUCUUGUUGCCUGGCACAUACACGGUGACAGCCUCCGCUCCAGGUUACACUGUCUCCUCCAGCACUAUCACAGUGGGACCAGCUGAAGCCACACAGCAUAAUUUUUACUUGAAAAAGGCACCAAAACAAAACGUGAAAACGAAGCAGCACCACGGCAGGAGGAACCUGUCAUCUCCCAAGUCCGCCUUAAAACUGGGCCCAAGAUGA